CGUAUUUUGAAAGUAUCGUUUUUCUGUGAUGGUUUUGUUCUGCAUGUGAUAUUUGGAGACUGUAGUUAUCGUGUAUUAAAAUAAAAGAGUCUGAAAAGAUGGGGAGUCUCAGUCGAGAGCUGAAACGUUGGGCUGUUGAGGAGCUUGAGCUGCCAGCAGUGAGACUACCGGAUGAUGGUUAUUUAAAGACGUUGUGUGUCGGUCCCGGUGCUUCUAUUUGGAAGUAUAUCACGCAGCAUGUUUACAAAGAGAGGAAUGUUCGAAUUAUGAGGGGGAAUCUUCAAUGGUACAAGGUUUUGCAGGAUAAAGAACUCGGCCAGUUGAAGAAUCAAAAUAAAGAUGCAAGAAGGCUUGAGCUUCAGAGCGAGAUUAAUGGCCUUCAGACUGAACUGAAUCAACUGGACACCAAGAUCAGCAGAGUCGAGGAUCAGCUUGCUACUGCGGAUCAAGAUACGAACAAAAACUGGGAGAAAUUAAUGGACAGCAGACACAGACGCCUCCUGAUGGAUUCCUUUAGGCAGCGUUGCGCUGAGGAGAGACAUUUGCUCUCAGAGGACACGCACAUUAUAGGCACACAACGGCAGGCCCUAGAGGACCUAUCCAAAAAAGCAGAGAUGAACCUUGUCUUUGGACCAUCUGGCAGUGGAAACAGUGAAUCUGGCACAGAUCCCAUGGUUUUAAGAGAUAUCCGAGACCUCUGUGAUGACAGAGUUCUAUUUUUCAGAACCUUGCUUGAAAGCGAACUUAAGGCAAAUCAGUCUGCAGAAUUUACUGUUGACCAAAGGAGUGCUGUGAUUCAGCACUGGAUGAGUGCAGCGCAGAACGUCCUGUGUUCUCAUCCUCCAAACCAAGUGCUCUCGGCUCUUCAAACCCUGACCUCCAGGCAGCAGGUGGAGCUAGAAGAAAAGAUUGUAAAUUUGGAUGUGGGCCGUGAUGUGUCGGCUCUGGGGAUUCGAUAUGAGAGCGAUCAACUAAUAGAUGUGUCAGCUGAGCAGAAGGAAGAGUUAGCAUCUGUUCAAAGUCUGUUACAGUCUGCCUGGAAGGAGGUUGAACGGAGUUAUGUUGAGUUGGCUCAGACUCGCUGCAGACGUGGGCAGCUGGAGGCUGAACUCACAGCUUUAAUGAGUAAGCCCGCACUGGCACUGGAUACAGACCCACAGGCCAGGAGUGUGUUUGAGUUGGAGCUGGAGGCAGUGAAGCAGGUGGCGGUUAGAGACAACAUCAGAGAGCAGUUUACACAGCUGCAACUACAGGCCAGACAGGGACAGGAAGCCAUCAGGACCCUGCAGACACAGUGGCAAAGUGUCAUGGACUUUAGACAGCUGUUGGACUGGAGACAAGAACAGAUUCGGAGCUUGAUCAAGGGGAACUCCUCUUUGAAGACUGAAUUAACUCGUGUCCAAGCUGAGGUUAACCAGUUUGUCCAGGAAAAGCUUGGUCCUCAGUUUGAGAACGUGAUUAAAGCUGCCAGUGGACAGCGCAACUCUGUGUCACAGGGGGCCAAACACCUCAGCUGUGUUUCACUGGCUGCAUUGGACUGUAGGGUCAUGAACGGUGGCCAGAAGGUUCCAGCAACUCAGCUUUCCAUCCACCGGAUACAAUCUCCUGCUUUACACAAACUCCGUGAAGGGCUCUCAUUUCCCAUGUAUAUGGCUCCCGAAGAGCUGUGGUCUCAGGCUACGAAUCUGAGACUGGAGAUCCGAAUUCUGCGAAGACUUCUUCAUCUUCUCUCUGAGUCAACAGCAGAGCUGCAGACGCUGAAUGCACAGUUAGCAUCACCUGAUCAGCAGACCUUGCUGGAGUGUGUGAAGAUGACGGAUAAAGAGAUUCUGGAGACAUUGCUGCCUCGGGCCCGUGAGCUAACAAUGAGAUGCUCUAAAGGCCUGGUUUAUGGAGAACAAGUUAAGACUGCCAUCGCACACUGGUGGGAGCAGCCCGGACAGUUUGCCCUGCCAGAGAUGCAGAGAGAAGGUCUGACUUUCCAGCAGUGGUUACAGAGAUGGAAACUAGCAUCAAAAGAUUCCUGACAUGCACUUAAAAUCACUGUUAAUAUAGAGUGAUUUCAUCUGCAUACGGUUUACACUUCACGCUUAUGUUCAUAUUUCUAUUCCCUUUAUGACAAUAAAUAAACUGAUCCUUUACUUGCAUUCA